AAAAUCAAAUGAGCUUCCUUAAUUUGGUCUGUAGCUCAGUGUACUCCUAACUGGCGACCAUGUCUUUUGUGGAUACUCUGCGCGAGUGGGACAAAGCUACAACUUGUGCCGACAGAAAAGAUUUCUCAGAGGCACUCAGGAUCUUCUUAUCUAUCAAAGAGCCAAACUCCAAAAUUUACUUUAACAUCGGCUGUCUCCAUCUCCUUAACCAAGACCUGGAUGAUGCAGAAAAGGCAUUUGAUAGCAGUAUACGUAAAGAUGAGCACCUGGCUGUUGCUUUCUUUCAAAGAGGAAUAACUUUUUACAGAAAGAACAGGUACGAGGAGAGUUUAGGUGACUUCCGGCAGGCCUUCAAGGCUCUAAGAGGCAACCAGAUGAUAGAUUACAAAGCACUUGGUCUCAGAUACAAAUUACAUGCAUGUGACGUUCUCCACAAUACUGCCCUGGCUGAGGCUCAGCUUGAACACUGGGAAAAAGCUCAUGAAAACCUUGUGAAGGCUCUCAACUACAAAACAGAAACCAAGCUCAAUAUGAUUGACAAAGCCCUGGAUUCCACUCUGAAACAUAAACUUUUCAAACCAGUUGAGUUCCAAACCAUUGUGCUAUUUAAACCAAAUAAGCACUAUGUUGCUCAAUUGGAGGAGAAGGACUACUUGGGCAAAGCAAAGGUUGUUUCCUCAGUUAUUCCUCAGGAUGAAUUCUCUGGAUUUGCCCCAUUACAGCCACAGGUUGAAGGUGGUCCCACUGAUGGUCCAAAAGAACCAGAGGUUCUGAGGGCUUUGGAAGGGGAACCCCACACUGUCCUGUUUGAGUUUGUUCCUGAGACCAGUGAUGAGUUGGCUGUAGUGCCGGGCAACAUUGUGUUUGUACUGCAGAAGGGUGAUGACAACUGGGCAUCUGUGCUCUUCAACGAAAGAAGAGGACUUGUUCCUUACAAUUACCUGGAACGUAUGGAAAUGUCUUUGGCUUCUAAAAAGAAGGGGAGUGGACGGGGAGUAUCUGCACCUGAAAGUCGACAACCACCAACCAGACCUGAAAGAAAACAAGUGCAGCCUACUGACAAUUCAUACAUUGUCAAAGUCCGUUACACAUUCAACUUUGCAGUCUGUGUAGCACCCGGGUGUCCCUAUGACAUACUGAUUGGGAAAAUCAGUAAGAAACUGAACUUCUCUUCUGCUUCGAUCACCUUGAGUUUAACCUCCGAGGCAACUGAGCAAAAUGUAAUCAAUGCCAACACAGAAAUGGAAAGUGUGUGGAGGCGUGCCAAAGCUAGGCACAUCACGUUGUGGUGUAACACCAAGGAUGAACCUGAUGGAAAACAACAGAACCAGAUUCAGUUUGUGGCGCUUCAUACCUACGAGUCAUCAAAUCCAGAGGAUCUCAAUUUUCAGCAGGGGGACACAAUCACACUCCUCUCCAGAAUCAACCAGGACUGGCUGGAAGGACGGUGUAAUGGGAACACUGGUAUAUUCCCUGCACCCUUUGUGGAAGAACUCCCUGUGAACGGCGACUGAUCGAUGUAAAUGCUGAAAGUUACUAAAACCUGUAUACAGUCACAUAUCCAAACCACAAUCUGUUAUAAUCAAUCAGAUCGAGAUUUUAGAUUCACAUAUAAGUAUUGCCAUAAUAAAAACUAAGGACAUCAGGUAUUGAUCU